GAAGGCCACUGACAGCGCGCCGGCGAUGGUGAGAGUCCGAGCGCAGAGAGUCGCAGCAGCGAGUGGUCCCCAUGAUUGCAGGAGGAGACGCAAGCUUCCAGCUUUUGAGAAAGGUCAGCUGGCAGCUGCCAAUCGAAGCGUGAGCGAAAUUGCGGGCAAUUUAUUCUACGACGUCUUCCUCGUACGAUGUCGAAAGCAGGAGCCCAGCUUCCUCUCGACCGCUGCUUGAGUUACGAGGUUUGCGAAUUGGGUGCUGGCUGCCUAGAGGUCCUCUUCGCUUGCAAUUCACGCAAUCGGAAUCGAUUCGCGGAGACGAUGAAGCGGGUGCCACAUGCGCUCAUGUGUCGCCCGAGACGGAGACAUAUUUCAGGUUCACCUAACCAGAACUACCACACAUUAAUGUUUCAUUGCUUGCUUUCUGGCCUGGGCUUGUGAGAAUAAUCUGUAUAAAGCGUGAUUCGAUCCAAA